CCGCCCCUUCCCUCUUAAAGCGGCCGCGGCGCUGUCGGGCCCCACAGCCGCCAUGUCGCUGCUCCGCCGGCUCCGCGCUGUCGCCGCUGUCGCCGCUGUCGCGACAGGACGAGGCCUCGCGACAGCGGCGGGGGAGGGGCGGCAGCUGCUGCUGCGGCAGCUCUUCGAGGCCUCCUCCUGCACCUACACCUACCUGCUGGCGGACGCGAGCACCGGCGACGCCGUCAUCAUCGACCCCGUGCUGGAGACGGUGCCCCGGGACCUGCGGCUGCUGCGGGAGCUCGGCCUCACCCUGCGCUACGCCGCCAACACCCACUGCCACGCGGAUCACGUGACCGGCUCGGGCGCCCUGCGCCGCGCCCUGGGCUGCCGCAGCGCCAUCGGCCGCGAGAGCGGCGCCCGCGCCGACCUGCGCCUGCGCGACGGCGACCUGCUGCGCUUCGGGGCCUUCGCGCUGCGGGUGGUGCCCACCCCCGGGCACACCCCCGGCUGCGUCACCUUCGUGCUGGACGACGCCUCCAUGGCCUUCACCGGGGACGCGCUGCUGGUGCGGGGCUGCGGCAGGACCGACUUCCAGCAGGGCUGCGCGCGCACCCUGCACCGCUCGGUGCACGAGCGGAUCUUCAGCCUGCCCGAGAGCUGCCGCGUGUACCCCGGGCACGACUACCAGGGCCACACCAUGUCCACGGUGGGGGAGGAGCGGCGCCACAACCCCCGCCUGACGCUCGGCGCCGACGAAUUCGUGGCGCUGAUGGAGGGGCUGCAGCUGCCCCGCCCCCGCCUCAUGGACGUCGCCAUCCCGGCCAAUCUGCGCUGCGGGAUCCAGGACGAGCCUUAGCCACGCCCCGAAACCGCGAAACCACGCCCAUUUUUUUUGUGCCGAAGCCACGCCCUCCAACAGGCGCGCCGCGCGUGGCCCCGCCCCCUUUUUUUUUCUCCCCCCCCACCAAUAAAAAAGCGGCUCCAGAACGAG